UGGGCUUCGUCUUUUCCGGAUCCGAAGAGAGCAGAAACCCAGGUAUACAAAGUACUGCCGAUUAUAAAAAAAACAUUCAUUCUGCGUCCCUGUCGCAAUAACCGUGUCUUAAACUCGUCUAACUACGUACUGGGUGAUGGAUCCAGUGGAUGAUUCUCCUGUUGGUGCCUCAGUCGGGAUUGAACGACUGGAGACCGGAGAGCAGCUGAUCACCUCUGACGAAGCUUUAACGUUCAUGUCUAGCAUCGAGCCCACUGAGCUGCAGAACUGCGUGUUCCCAGACUCUCUGGUGACCGUGUCAGAGGGCGGCAGGGCCCUGGGCCUGUUCAGUGUGACCGUGGAGUUUGCCAGGAGGCUCCAGCAGCCCUGUGUGCUGCUGCGCGCUCAGAGCCAAGGAGCCAUAGAUGAGUCCCCCUGUGGAACAACAGUGACAGAUUAUGGCAAGAGGAGGGAAGCUCAACCGCUCCACAGAUGAGUUGCUGCCAAUGCCGACACAGUGAGAAUCCAGGAUGGCGAACUCAGAGCAACCUGGCAAACAUAGUGCAUUUUUUACAAUAUAUUAAUAAAUAUAUCAUUUUUAGAGUCACAUAAUAAAAUUGAAAUAGCUGGAUCAUGAUUAUGUGGUUAGUUUUGCAUUAUUUGUAAUUUGUAAAAUUGUAUCUACUACAUGUGUAAAAAUGGGACACGUGUCAUUCUAAUAUUCAUAAUCUUGCAGUAAUUCUCAUUUCUAUAUAGACUUAAAAACAAGCCCCGAUGUUCAACAGGAGUAGUAGUAGUAGUAGCAGUGGUCUGCCACUGUAGGCGUGCUCGGAUAACAAACGUCUCUACUAUUGACUCACAUUCUUCUGCAAGGAUCCUAACUACAAAGGAAACUCUGGCGAAAGACACCGGAUCUAGUUUCUGGAUAGUAGCAGAAAAGUGACUUCCUGUGACUCCCUUCCUUAAAACCAAAGCAGCCGCUGCACCGUCUGCCGCCGCGAGCGCUGAUUCCCUCCACGCGAAGACAACGCGAAAAAUCCUGGGAUUCUAAGUCUAUAGAUAUUGCUGCUGUAUUGUACUAUAAAGCGUCUUAAAGGAGCAAAGAGUCGCCAUGUCAGCAAUAGCCACAGUGAGGAGCAAUAAAACAACCAUCUUGGAGGUUUUGAGUGCAGACCCCACUCUGAUCCUCACCAAAGUUCAUGAGAAGGAACUGAUAACCGAUCGUGAAAAUAGGAACCUUAGAAGUAGCAACAGGGUGAAUGUAGAAGAGCAGAUGAUUGAGCUUAUGGAUAAGAUGAUAAAUAAAGGAGAGGACACUUGCCAGGACUUCCUGAACCUCCUGCAAACUGACGAGGACAUCAGGUCCACGUAUCCUAAGCUGCAGAACAUACAUCAUAACAAGCCUUUACCUAAACCGGUCCAAGCUUGUUCAGAUUACGAUGCACCUUCACACAAGAGACUUAAACAGGAUGAGCAGUAUCCACUGAACAGCCAGCCUGUCGGUCUGUGUCUGAUUAUGAACAACGAGAACUUCAGUGAUGGGAGCGUAAGACGUGGAAGCAGUAAAGAUGCUUGUGAUUUGUCUGAAGUGUUCAGCUGGCUGGGGUUCAGAGUACUGGUGUGUAGAGACCAAACUGCUGAUCAGAUGGAGCGAGCACUCAAAUGCUUUGCUUCUCUGAGCAGCGUCUCUCAGCUGCAGGAGUUUGGUUUAAAGGAGUGGACCAACAAUGGAUUCACUGAACUUCAGCAUCCUCCUCCUGAGCACGGUGAUGCCUUCAUCUGCUGUAUACUGAGUGACGGAACAAAGGGUGUCAUCCUAGGGAUUGACAGGAAGCCUCUCUGCAUUCAACAAAUACCCAAAACCUUCAAGGCAACUGACCAAUCAGCCCUCACUGGCAAGCCCAAGGUGUUCCUAAUCCAGGCCUGUCAGGGACCAGACAUACAGAAGGGAGUGACAUCAUCAGACUUGGAAGCAGACGAUUCUUCUCUGUCCAUUCCUGUGGAAGCUGAUUGUCUGGUUCAGAUCUCUACCGUUGAAGAUUACAAAUGUGUCAUAAACGUGGAUGAUGGGAGCUGGUUUGUCCAGUCUGUGUGUAAACAGCUUAAGGAGGGCUGUCCAAGAGGUGAUGACAUCUUAACGAUCCUUUGCCGUGUCAACGAUGAGGUGAGCAAGAAGGAGGGCUCCAGUUCUCAGAUUGGUAAAGAGAAGCAGAUGUCUGUAAUCAGCAGAGUCACCUUGAGGAAGACACUUGUGCUGUCGCCACACACACAGCUGACACAUCAAUAAUUUAAACAAGCUGUCUUCAUAGUAAACAGUAGGGCAUGAAAAUGUUUGUUCCUUGUUUUUGUUUUUCUAAAUAUUUGGGCUUUUACUAAAAUAAGGCAGACAGUACUGUGUGAUUGAAACAUUGGCAGCUCCAUGUUUUUAUUAGAGGGUUAUGUAGUCUGUCACGAUCGCACGGAUGAGGACCCACAUGCACAGCACAACACAGCGUUUAUGAUGAUAAGAGGACAGUUUAUUCCAGAAUACAGAAUCCACUUCAGGCAGCGUCAUACACGGAAGAUCAAGCGGGGUUUAAGCAGGAUCAGGCAGUGACGGCGUCAGGGACAGGCAAAGUCAUACACAAGAGAUGGAUUACAAUACCGAAUCGUUGAGCGCAGGAUCGUGGUCAGGCAGGCAAGGUCGGUAACAGGCAGCAGUAGAUGAUCACGGCAGACAAGGCAGACAGGGACUAGGCAGACUCAGAAUAAACGGUCAGAAACAGGGUACACGAUAUACGGCGGGACUAGAACAACGAACUGGAAUAAUACGGGAACACACAAACAACGAUCUGGCAAAGAGCUAGGGAAACAGGUGGUGGUUAAUAACGACCGUAAUAAUGACCAGGUGAAGCAGGGACAGCUGUGACAAAACGUAAACCGGGAGUGAAGCUAGAACAGAAACAGAAACCAGGAGACUACCAAAAUAAAACAGGAUGAUAUGGCCAAUGAACAAAGUCCUUUUCAAAAUAAAACUGAGCACAGAGCCAGAACCUGACAUAGUCGUUGCAGAUUUACAUUUAAUGAUGAUAAGAACACAAUAACAGGUGCUAUAUUCUGUCAUUUAUUAUUAAUAAAUAAUUACUGAUAUAUUUUUUCAAAUACAGUUUGUGACUGUAAAGAGAAAUGUUUUGUACUUUUUAGUAAACUUUGUUUGUAUUUGUGCAUGUAUUUGUGAUAUUUUUCAGCCACAUCACAGCUUCAACAGGAGCAAAUAAAAAAAUAUAUAAUG